ACUAGAUUCUAAUUUCUACAUAUUGUUCAGAAAAAGAAAUUUGAAGUCCUACAAACUGAAUUAAAACAUAAUAUUAAUACAUGAACAUUUAUGCAUCUAUAGUAGUAAUUAUGUCUGCAACUUCUAUUGAAACUGUGGCAUGUGUUGCAAUUAAUUUGUCCCUUCCAUUCAAAAUUUUUGUUCAGAAUUUUAGGAAAUUGGAAGAUAAAUUAACAACACACCUGUGAAUCUGCAUAAUACAAAUAGAAUGUAUAUUUUUAUAAUGCGUGGUAGUCAUUGCCCUGUGAUGAUUUUUAUCUAAGGUUCACAACAUAAUCGGAGAAGUGAUAAACUGUUUGGCUAGUUGGUAGUGUACUAAUAUUCACCUGUCCAGAUGGUUUAGGAAUGGCAUAUACCAAAUACAUCAUCUGCUUACAGAAUUUUCUACAAAUAUAAACCAUGAGGUUUGGUUCUUAAAAAUGGAUAGCGGGCCUUAAAAGUUACCUUUUAAAAGAGAUUUUAUGGGCUUCUUUCAACUUUUCUUCUAAAAAUUACUCUCUGGGCUUUGAAAGAGAGUCAUGAUCAUGGCUUUUGGAUGUGCUCCUUGCUGUAGCUCUCGAUGCCUUUUACCUUAAAGCUUGAUUCCCACAAAUCUUUUGUUUGUAGUGGCAGAAAUUUGCCUUCUGUUUGUGCUUCUAGCAGUGAAGGUUGACUGGGAGCACCUAAGACUAUGUGAGUGAGGGCUUUUAUUGGUGCUUCAUCCCAGGUUUGUAUUUCUAUGUCAGAGACUGAAAGAAAGACUUUCUUGGUAUAGGGUACUCCUGUAAUCUGUUACUUGCUUGUUACAAUAAUGUUCAGAUUUCUUUAUCCUCAGGGAAUGUUGCAAACUGUGUCUCUUUACUGAGGUGUUGUUUUGUUUUUUUUUCUGGCAAGUUAAUAAUUAGAAGUGUAUGUAUGCUUUUACCUUCUCCAUUUUUCCUUGAAAAGUUAAAAAAUACAUAUGACGCAAUUUGCACAUAGAGGUAAGUUGUAGAAACAAUGUCUACUGACUGUUACCAACAGAAUAAAAGUGACUUUCUAGAUUCUUACUUUUUGGUUCUCCGGUAGUUGAAGGCAAAAUUAUUUUCUGUUUAUAGACCCAUUGUAUCUUAUCUAGGUUAAAUUAUUAAAAUGUAUUCUGGUACUAUUUUAAAAUAAUAUGGCUUAGGAACUGCCUCUUAGUUCUGAGUGAACUAGAGGGUGCACAUUACAUGCUUUGCAGCAAUCUUGAAUAAGUGUGAAGCUCCAGGAACCACUGUAGCUGCUGUCUCCCCUUUUCUAACCUGCUGAUUGUGGAACUUAGGGCAAAACUUGGAGGCACAGUCUGUGUUAUGUAGAAGGCCUCUAUUUGUGAAAUGUAUUACUGGAAAAUAAUCUGAAAAAAUUAUCAUUUACUUCCAGAAGGUGUUGUAAAACACUUGCCAAGUACUCUGAUAAUUUUAAAACAAAAUUUCCUUUGGUGUUUUCCUAAAAUACCUGCACUUGUAUCAUUUUGUGCUGAGGAAUGGUUCUGUUGGUUCUCUGGGUUUGACGAUAUUUUUUUCUUGAUGUCUAAACCACAGGUAGUGCCUCCCAAUAUGGUGAUGGUGCGUACCAAAUAAAUUCAUGUGUUAAUUCUCAUCAAUUAACUAUACCUCAAAUAUUGUAUACUCAGAAAUGUGUCUGGCCCAGUGUUUGCAUGUACACAUCCCCUAAAGCUGUUGUUUUAGUAAAGCUCUCAUGUCAUUGUCCCUGGUAUGUUCAUACUGAAUUCUCAGUUACUGGAUUAUUGUUACAGUUUACUUUUAAGGAAUAUUUCCUUCUAAAUUUAUUCUUCUGACCCUGGCUAGACUGCUGAAAGUUCCUGUACACCUGUACACCCAAGUGACUGUUUUUGUCAUCACUGUUACCCAUAAACUGCAGUUAUUUGAAUUCCAAACUGAAGUGGGUAUUAGGUUUUGUCUGCUAGUAGGGGCUCCUUUUCUUCUUUGAAAUAAAAUCUGUUACACCAGAAUUAAAAAAAAAAACAGUAUAAAGAAAAAUGUACAGUGCUAUACCUUAAUUUUAUUCUGUAUUCUGUAGUUAGAUAGUUAUUCAUGUAUUAUUAUUCAUAUUAUUCUUUAUAGUUAUUGUUACUUUGUUGUCACUAGGAAUGGUCUUGGUGCGCACGGAUGCUGGACAGCUUGUAAUGGUGCCUCAGCAGGCUCUAGCACAGGCUCAAAUGCAGGCUCAAGUACAAACGCAGGGACAGGGUCCUGCCAGCAUUUCACCUAGACUUUCAGUGCCCACAACUGGCCCUGUUUUUCGCCUAUCAGCAACUCAGCAACCAACUUCUGUAGCCACAUCUACUGUCCGCCUAGGACUUCCAGUGCAAGCCAAAGUUGUUCAGUCAACUGGUACAUCCGUCAGUGCUACACCUGCUGCGACACUGCCAGGAGGCUCUGUUCUUUCACAUACCACGGUAUCAGUAGCUAUGACGAGCACUCAAAAUUUAUUCAAGACAACAGUAGCAACUGGAACAUCAGCUUCUCAACAACCUGCAGUAAUUACUGGUGGACAAACUCAAGCUUCAGCACAAAACCAGGGUCAGCCCCGGCUGCCGCUUCCACCUCAUACAACAGCACAAGUACCAGCACAGCCCCAGGUCAUACCAAGCUCUCCUGUACCUGGAACUACAGUUGUAUCACAGGAAAUGCAAGAGAAUGUGAAAAAAUGCAAAAACUUUUUAGCUACCCUUAUAAAACUUGCUUCUCAUAAUUCACCAUCUCCAGAAACGUCCCGUAAUGUGAAAGCUCUGGUUCAAGAUUUGUUGGAUGCAAAGAUUGAUCCAGAAGAAUUUACAGGCCGCCUUCAAUCAGAACUCAAAUCGUCUCCUCAGCCAUAUCUUGUACCUUUCCUUAAGAAAAGUCUACCUGCACUGAGACAAUCUUUACUGAAUAGUCAACAUUCAGUUUUGCAAGGACAGCCGUCUCAGCAGUCACUUCAACAAACCAAGCUAUCACAAGUUAUACCUCAGUCUGCCUCUGGAAGCAUUUCCUCUGUUGUCACAACACAGACAAUAGGAAUAAGGCAACCAAACAACAUUUGCACAGUCUCUGUAUCAAAUACAGUGCAGCCUCCUCAGGUUAAGGUGGUACAGUCAAAUCAGAGUUCUCAACUGCAGAUUAUCCAGUCAACAUCUGCUCAAACUGUGAAACGAAACCCUGCUUGCCAGACUACCCAGAUUAGGAUGCCAGUGGUAAUAACUCAGACCAUUAGACCACAAGGCACAGUAGGGAAGGCACCAACAAUACAAGCCAGCAAAAGUCCUGGGGGCUUUGGUGUUCAGGUCUCUGCAAAUCAGAAAAACAAGCUGAAUGACCCUGGAGGUGGUUCUUUCAGAGAUGAUGAUGACAUCAAUGAUGUUGCCUCUAUGGCUGGUGUUAAUCUUAAUGAAGAAAGUGCCCGUAUUAUGGCUACAAACUCUGACUUGGUUGGAACCCAGAUACAGUCCUGUAAAGAUGAACCCUUUCUUGCUGCUAUACCUCUACAUAAACGCAUACUUGAAAUGGCUAAAAAACUAGGAAUUACUGAUGUGCCAGCUGAGGUGGUUACUUUUAUUUCCCAUGCAACACAAAACAGAUUAAGAACAGUGAUAGAAAAAGUAACAGUGAUAACCCAGCACCGAAUGGAAUCGUACAAAGAUGAUGAAUGGUAUGAACAAGCUACAGAUGUCCGAUCACAGUUAAAGUUUUUUGAACAGUUAGAGCGUUUAGAAAAACAAAGAAAAGAUGAACAAGAGAGGGAAAUCUUGCUAAAGGCUGCCAAGAGUCGCUCAAGGCAAGAAGACCCAGAGCAAGCUAGACUGAAACAAAAAGCAAAGGAGAUGCAGCAACAAGAACUUGCACAAAUGAGGCAGAGGGAUGCCAAUCUAACUGCACUGGCAGCUAUCGGUCCCCGGAAGAAACGGAAGCUUGAUUCUCCUGGACUGCUUACCAUAGGAGGAGAGGGCCUUGGUAUGUCUGGUGGAAGUCAGGCUGGCUUGGGGACUCCUUCAUCCAGGCAGUAUGCACGACAGAAGAUAACUCGCGUAAACCUCAGGGACUUCAUCUUCUACAUGGAACAGGAAAGAGAAACAAGCCAUUCUCUCCUGCUCUAUCGAGCUCUGCUUAAAUAAAGCCAAGAAUUGUACUGAUUUCUCCAUACAGAAGCUCAACUUGCAUUGAAAAGCUGUCAUUUUAAUGUGCCUUCUAUUUUUUUCCGAAGUCAAUGUUCCAGUAAUUUUGUUUUGUAAAAUUGUCAGACACAUGCAAUAAAUUCCCUUUAUGUAAAAAAAAAAAAACAAACCAACAAACCCACACAAAAAAAAAAAUGUGCAAAAGGUUUUAAAAUGUUAAAUCCACAGAUAAAACCGACAUCAAAGUCUUGUUCUGUUUGGCCCUUUUAGGUGAGGCUGAAGUAGAUGGCCCUGAAGUUACGCCAUUGGAGACAGCUGCAGUGGCUCACCUGAACCAUCUCAUGGCAAGAACUGGGACAGGGCCACAGGACUGGGACCUAACCACGGUGUUAAUCUGCAUUUUCACUUACGGUGCUGGUUUUCUUUUCUUUUUAGUUUUACUAGCACUGUUUCCACUGACUAAUCAUGGUGAUAUCUGUUGUUAUUUUAAAAUAGUUAUAACUGCAAGUUUUUGCACAGUUAAGAGAAUAGCCACUGCACACUCUCACAAAUUUUAUAUAUUUAGGAUUUUUGCUUUUACUGCACAGCUCAUUUCCUGAGCCAUUUGCUCAACCAAAUCCUAAGUGUAUGAAAUCUGUACGUUUGGGUCCCAGCUGAGUUCCCUUGACUAGCUUCCAGUUGUUUUCUAAAUCUCUUCAACCUUUUGCACAUUUGUAGCAGCUGGUUAGUAACAUGAAUCAAAGUUGGGUUUUAUUUUCUAAAAAAUAUUUUAAUUUAUUUAUUGCAAAGAGUAUGGUUUAAUGGUGGUUUUAAAAGAGAGUAUUGUUCAGUAAAGAUUUUAGAGUAUUCUAUAUGGAUUUUUAAAGUCACUGUAGAAGUUUUGGGGGCCGGUUCCAGGCGUAGAGAACCUGGAGAGGCGGGUGAGCCCUGGCAGCCCGGUGCCGCCGCGCGGCCGGGGCAGCGCCGCAGGGACCGGCGAUGCCUUUGCCUUGGACGAUUGGACCCGAGGACUCCAGUCCGGAGAGGCUCAUGAACAAGCGCAUGACUUUAAGCAUAAUGAGUAGUUUUAAGUACUUAAAGGUGGAUGAAUGCUUUUUAAAUGCUUUGCUGAAUUGGAAUUUAAGGGGCCCACACCGAAGCCACGUGAAGUCUGUGUGAGUCUUUUAAAUGGGUAUGGGACAGGAAUAGUAAGCAGGCAGGUGGGCACAAGUUGUUGGACUUCAACAUAACAGUAUUAUCAGUAACCAUGGAAGGGAGACAUUUGCUUAUUUAUCUUUUCAAUUUUUACUGUGUUAUGCUUGCCACUUUUUUGAGGCAAUUUUUUUUUUUUUUUUUUUUGAUGGGAAACCAUAGCGAAAGCACAAAUAGAACUAUUUGUCCAAUAGUUUUAAAAACAAAAGUUUUAAUUAUUUUUUAAGGUUUAU